AUGGCCCCCGACCCGAUGUUGAUAGCACCAGAAGGUCCUCUGGAGAGUUUAAAGGUGGAGUUACUGAUCUACAACGGGUGGCACUUCAAGGACCACUGGGCAUAUUGUAUACGCGCUACCGGCGACGUUAUGAAUGGCUUUAGGUUCGAAAUUGAGCGAUUUUAUAAUUUACGAAAUAGUCCCGAUCAUCCCACGAAAACUGUUCCUCUGCAGUGGGUCGAUGGGUAUUAUUUUGAUGAGAAGUCUAUGCCUAACAACGGAGAAUACAAAAUCGAUAAUUCCACCGUUUGUCACUUCGAGGCAAGUACCUAUAAAGCCAACGCCCCCGAGAGGACGUUAAAUGCUGUCAGCAACGCGGUAACGCCAGGCAAGAAACUCACCCAAAAGGAUUGCCAGACAUGGAUCUUCGUGUCUGUCAAUCAAUUUCUCGAGGACAGUAUUUUCAACCUGGAGACUAUCACUUAUCUUCGCAACAUAACGCAAUAA